UAAUUACUUUAUCAAAGUACUUUAAAUCUGCAAUGCCACUUCUAAUCAGAAUGGAUCAAUGCACGAAAAAUUUGACUACAUGUCAUUCAGGCCACAAAUGUCGGCCUGGCCAGGCUGGCAGCUCUGGGCUGAAUGUCUACUUUUUUCAGCAUGUACCCAAUAGCAACUGUGUUUCAACCUCGAUUACACUAGCCAUGUGAUGACUCUGGACAAUUCACUAACGGCUAUUUGUCUCAAAUUCUACAUCCGAUAGUAUGCCGACUAAGUUGCGAUAUAUAUCUACCCUCAUGGUUAGUAUGCGACUAGUUAGUGGGUAUGAAGAGCUCAAACGAUUGAGCGCAAGAGUUCUGUGCCAUGAUAGACUCCUGUCCCAGGCUACAUCUAGUAACAGUUGUAGUGAAAAUAUCGGACGACUGAGUCUACCACGAGGCGGCAUUCCAAUACGGAAAGGGGAAAGGUAUUUCAUCUUCCAAUUACAUUCAUUCCGACUAAUCAACUACAUAGUAUAUGUUCUUGUACUUACUAUGUCUAUACUCGAUCAAUAUUUUCAAUCUGAUUCAUUCCCAUUCACUUGACCUAGAUGAGGAAAAUCUAUGUUAUUGAGAAUAAGCUAGAUUAACUAUCAAAUGAUUAUGACGAUGAUAUAUUACGAUUUAUAACUGUUAAUAUUCGAUUUUUCUAUUAUAGGAAGCAAGUACAGGACGUCGUCGUUUAUUAUCUCGAGUUCAAGGUACAUCAGAUAAUUCCAAUAGUCCAUUUGAUUUUUGGUCAUGUGGUUGGACAAAUUUAUCAAUUCAAUAUAAUGUUAAAUAUCCCAUGAAAGCAUUUUUUAGUGAAAAUAGUAAACAACGUUAUAAUGAUAUAUUUCAUUUAUUAAUUAUUUUACGUUAUGUUCAAAAUGAAUUAAAUAGUUUAUGGUUAACUUUAAAAACUCAACAUCAAAAUUCUUUAAUAUGGCAUUUAAGAAAUGCAAUGUCAUUUUUUAUAAAUAAUUUUCAAUAUUAUAUUCAAAUUGAUGUAUUAGAAUAUAAAUAUCAACAAUUAAUACGUUCAAUAUUAUCAAGUACUGAUUUUCAACAAAUAAAACAUUUACAUGAAUUAUUUUUAUCUGAUAUUCAACAACAUUCAUUUAUGCUCUUAGGAACAGCAUAUCAAUCAAUAAGAAAUAUUUUAUCAAUAUGUGCUUCAUUUUGUUUAACAGCAAAACAACAAGAUAAUAAUAUUAAUCUUGAUGAAAAUAUUUUACGACAAUUUGGACGAGAUUUUAAUGAUGAAAUUAAACUUUUAUUUGGAAUAUUAGGUAUGGUUCAAAAACAUAAUGCUUUACCACAUUUAGGUAUUUUUUUAACAAGACUUGAUUUCAAUCGAUUUUUGACAAAUAAUAAUGGAUCAUUUGGAGAAUUUUAA